GUAAAUACUUGGUAUUAAAAUGCCGAAUUGCUACUUAAAGACCCUGAAGUGGUCAUACAAUAGGAUCAGGAACAGAGACAUUUUCAGGCAGUCAGUUUCCCUCACUUAUAGAGGCAAAGACAACUUCUCCAACUUUUUAGGAGGCCUCGCUACUCUCAUCAUGUUUGUAAUUCUUCUGGGUUACACUGUGGUUUUACUUAGGAAUAUGUUCAAGAGAACUGAUGUGAGUUGGAACCAGAACUCUAUUCAGACUGAUCUCAGAUAUGACGACAGUGGGCUUCUCUGGGAUGAAGAAGACCCUGAAUUCAAAAUAUAUUGGAGUGCUUACAAUAACAUAAAUCUCUAUGGUGAAUUAGAUAAUCCUGAAAAGGCAAUCAAGGCUUCUUAUUAUUAUGAAAGAAAUGUUCGAAAUGAUACCACAGUAAAAGAUCCAAAUAUAAAUCCAGGAGACAAUAUAAGGACUUUAAUAACUGAUUUGGAUUGAAGCAACAGCUUCUCAACCUCAGAUGAUUCUAUGGGGUUCGUAGGUGAUGCUGCCCCUCAUUGCCCCACUUUUAGUGGGUAUAAGCUUCAAGGAAAUGAAGGAGGAGAUUAUACUCAUGCAAAUAUAUUUAUGGAAUUUAGAACUUGAUAUGAAAGCAGGGUAAAAUUUAACGGGACAUACACUUGCGCUCAAGAUGGAAUUCCAGAAGCUAUUGCAAAGGACUCGAUUAUAAGAAUUCAUUUGAACAACAGAUACAUUGACCUCAACGAUAUUGAGAAUCCUAUUAAGAAGUACUACGACAGACCAUUUCAAAUUCAAUAUAAAGAAAACAAACGGAUCAUUGUGAAGUUCAAGCUGAGAAAACACGAAGUUAUCCUUGAGGACUCCUUCUUUCCCUUGCCUUGGGAUACAGAGCCUAAGUACUUCAACAGUAUUGAAGAUUUCGAGAUUUUUGAGGAGAACAUAGGUAUCGAAAGUAGUGGUUUGGUCUAUGUCCAAAUUUCAAGAGACCCACAAGUUGACCAACAUCAAAGAAGAAUACUCAACUUCCUUGAAGUCACAGGUGUUCUUGGAGGUAUCUUCGAGAUUUUCGAAUUAGGUUUUGGGGUGCUCCUUGGGCUCUAUUCAUCACUAAUGUUUAAAAGAAAAAUCUAUAAAGAUCUUCUUAAAUACGAAGACAAAUUUAAAUUAAUGCAAAAGUGCAUUAAAAAUCUGGAGUUUCAACUGAAACAAACAGUUAAUCUUAAUGAUAUCCGAGCCCAAUCUGAUCAUCAGAUAAAUAAUGAAGAAGUAAAGGAAGAGAUGCAUAGUAUCAAAGAGAAGUCAUCAGAAAAUUGGAAUGAAGAAUCCAAACAUAACUUGGUCAGGGGUUUGGAAGAAGAAAUUAAAGCUCAUCAAUCAGAUUUUUAAGCCUCUUGAGGAGGGAGGUUCCUUUCAAAAUGAGGAAGAGCAUAAUCAGCUCCGAGACCCAGUAGAAGAUGUGGAACAAAACAACCUUAAUUCAAAUCCAGAGAGACAAGGAGUCCAGAAUCCUCAGAAUACAUCUCAUAAAAAGGAAUUAAAUGAUAGUAAGUUCAAAUAGGGAUAAGAGCAAAUUUUUCUCUAUUCUGAACAAAUACAAAACAAUGGAAGAGGAAAUGGAAAAAUUCAGUAACUCCCUUGACUGCCUGAACAUCGCCUACAUGGUCAAAACCCUAUGGAUUCAGACCAAGUACAUUCUGCUUAAAGACCCAGACUACGUUGAGGCGAUCAGUCAGGACCCCUCUUUAAACUUUGACUACCAAAAAAUCUAUGAAGAUGAAUCCCAGUCAAAGGUCACUGCAGACCCUGGUCAGUCGCGGCUCCAGAAAUACCACCCAAGCCCCAGCUCCAUUCCCCACCUCGACCAGCACCAGAAGCCAGAGUUUCUAACAGCUAAUCAGAACGAGCCGAUCCCUUACUUGUGGAGGCAGUUCAACAUGGACCCCAGAAGAGGUGACUAAUUUUUAAAUGAAGGCUUCAAGUAGAGUCGAAUGCACUCUAAAGAUGAUUGAGAUACAAAUUAGCCUUCAUUUGUGUUAUAUGACAAUCGGAAGGACACAUAAAGUAACUUUACCUCAACAACACAACAUCCAGUGCAAAAUUUCCUUCUCCCCAAUUUCACCCAAAUUUUCAACACACAUUACCC